UUACAUGCGUUAAAAAUGUGUUACCUUUUAGCGCAUUAUUCAUACAGGGUGGGCCACGCCACAGACCCCUUCCUUUGUUUUGCUUAUGCUGUACCUAUGCAGGCGUGUGAACGGGUUGCAUACUCACACGGGGCCAUAAGGCGCUGUGGUGAGCCAGCCUGCAUGCGGUACAGUAUAAACAAAACAUUCCUUUUUAGACGAGCACCUUGCUGCGGGGUCGCUUAUGAGCAACGAUAAUCUUACGCCCAGGUUUCAGGUCUAUUGGCGAACCUAUUUGAAACAUCGCGCCUGCGCCUUUCUGAUCGACAAACAGGUGGGAGGGGGUGUCACGUGAUACAACUAGCAGAAGACGCAGCAGCAGAAAGCUACUUGACAAUACGGGCACCGGAGGGUUUAGUUUUCGUUUUUAUUUAUUCAAAGGUGUUGCAUUAGUUUGUUUCCUUCCGGUGCCCGAUUAUUUUUAAUUCCAUUUUUAAGGACGGUGAAGUGAGGCGUACGGAAACUCACGAUUUUCUUCUAUAGAAAUCUCCCUGGAUGCCUACGCUUGUAUGUUGGAAAUUAAGACAAUACGAAGAAAAUGAAUGACUGGUGCAGCUCCAUAGAGAUGUCCCUGUGGGCACCUCAGCAUAUGCAGCAUCCUUGGCCUGACGUGUGGGAUGGGGAAAAUGAUUGGGAAUCACGCUCGCAAACCCUAACAAGCUUGAAUGAGUUAGAAUCCAGCACAAAUACAACAGCACUUCCACCAUCACCACUGUCUCCCACACUAUCACAAGAUGUGAAGGCAGCAGUCGAAGAAAUAGACUCAAUUGUAAGUGAGCUGUGGAGAAGUGCUGUUCCAAAUGACUUAAAUUGUAGUACAGACAACACCACUCAAGUGGUGCCUGUUUCACCUUUCUCUGAGAGCCACAACAACGAUCAAUCACUCUUGUCCUCAAGUGAUGAUUUUCUACAAAUCACUGCAGUAGGUAAUUCUGAGUCAAAUGUGAAUGCAUUGACUGACUGUAAGACUAAACAUAAGUGUGAUAAAUGUGAUAAAUCCUACACUUGGCUCAGUGACCUUAUGAAGCACCAAAAAGUACAUACAGAAGAGCGUUAUCAGUGUUCUGAAUGUGAAAAGAUAUAUGUAUUAAAAAGUGAUUUAUGCAAACACCAAAGAUCACAUCAGGAAGGUAAAGCUUUUCUGUGUAAGCUUUGUGGCAAAUCAUUUAUUUCUGCUGGAGAUUUGCACAAACAUACUCGCAUACACACUGGUGAAAGACCAUACUUUUGCACAGUGUGCACCAAGAGCUUCUCAGCAAGUGAUAAUUUCAGUAAACAUCUUAAGAUUCACUCUGGCGAUAAGCCAUUAGUAUGUGUGGAUUGUGGGCAGAGAUUUUUGAAGAAAAGUAACUUGCAACAACAUAGUAGAAUUCAUCUAGGAGAAAAGCCAUUUCAGUGUGAAACUUGUGGACUUAGCUUCACUCAAAAGACUCAUUUAAAAACUCAUAUCAGUACCCAUAGUGGGGUAAAGCCGUACCAUUGUAACUUUUGUAAUCAGAGCUUUACUCGAAAUGCUGAUCUGAAACGACAUCUAAAUCGAGUCCAUGCUGAGAGGACAGAAAGUAGAAGUUUAUGACCAACUUAAGCCCAUUGAGUAUGGGCUUCUAUAAUGAUAAAGAAAAUAAUGAUUGAAACAAAGAAAUUUACCAUCUGCGGCUACAGCUAUUUACUUUGUAUCAGUAUUUUGCUCUCAGGUCCAGGAUUAGAAUCCCAAAAAUGCUUCCUCUAUCUGUGAUUUUCAAUAAUAUCAUAUUAUGAAUGUAUCAGUGACUGUUCAUCCAAUGUUCUUUUAACAAAGUAACGUAUUCUUAGGGUCAGGAUAUUCAAUUUCAUAGACUUUGGACUUGAACUUUCUUAUAUCAAAGAACUUCCAUUUUGUUCAGUUAAGGCUGUAUUAUUAAGACAAUACAUUGACAUUACCAUAAAUAUCAGACAAUAAGCUUCAUGCAAGCGGUAAUUUUACAGAUAGCCUGUUAAGCAAAGAAUUAUAUAUUUAAGACACUGGGUAUUGCGUAUCAAAUGACAGCACGGAGCAUUGCAAACUAGUUUUUCUUAACUUCUUGAUAUCAAAAUAUUUUCAUUGCAUAUCAACCUGAUCACAAAAGUAGCUUGUAGUGCUCCAUUCAUCUUUCUUACCAAGCUAACUCUCAGUGUAAAUAAAAUGUAAUUAAAUUUUAUGAUGAUAUUAUUAGCAUAUUGUGGUGAGCGUAUAAUUGAAGUUUGAAAUGACAUUAUGUAAAGAUUACUGCCUACCUUAUAGGCGCCUGACAAUAAACUUGCAUUGAAUUUUGACAUGUA